UAAUCGCGCUAUUAGACGAUCUUUGACCGCGCUCCUCCUCCCCGCUCCCUUGUCUUCUCUGUCGACAGGAAACGAGCAGCUGGCUUCGGGUUUGCAAUCGUCGGCUGCCGCCAAGUGGACAAUAAAUCGACUAUCUUCGGAGCAUCCUUUUGACCAGGUCAGAGUCCGUCGAGGAGCCGAGGGGAUGUCCGUCGCGGGAUUUAAGAAGCAGUUCCACAAGGCCACGCAGAAAGUCAGCGAGAAGGUGGGCGGCGCCGAAGGCACCAAGCUAGACGAUGACUUCAAGGAAAUGGAGAAGAAGGUGGACAUCACAAGCAGAGCGGUUCUGGAUAUCAUGACCAGGACUACAGAGUACCUGCAGCCCAAUCCAGCAUCCAGAGCCAAGCUAAGCAUGAUCAACACCAUGUCCAAAAUACGCGGACAAGAAAAGGGACCCGGAUACCCUCAGGCUGAGUCUGUCCUGGGAGACGCUAUGUUGAAGUUUGGACGAGAGCUGGGGGAGGAGUCCAGCUUUGGCCUGGCGCUCAUGGACGCUGGGGAAUCGAUGAAGGAGCUGGGCGAGGUGAAGGACGCUCUCGACAUGGAAGUCAAACAGAACUUUAUUGACCCGCUGCAGAACCUCCACGACAAAGACCUGAAGGAGAUCCAGCACCACCUGAAGAAGAUGGAAGGACGCCGCCUCGACUUUGACUACAAGAAGAAGCGACAGGGGAAGGUGCAGGACGACGAGAUUAAACAAGCGCUGGAGAAGUUUGACGAGAGCAAAGAGAUCGCCGAGCAGAGCAUGUUCAACCUUCUGGAAAGCGAUAUCGAGCAGGUGAGCCAACUGGCGGCGCUGGUCCAUGCUCAGCUGGAGUACCACAGCCGCACCACUCAGAUCCUUCAGCAGCUCUCCAGCAAGAUGGAGGACAGGAUAAAGGAAGUGUCCAGCAAACCCAGGAAGGAGUUUGUUCCCAAACCUCGCAUGACUUUGGAGCUACUGCCCCCGAGCGAGAAUCACAACGGCGGUCUUCAUUCUGCAAAAUCCCCUGGAAGAUCACCGGCCCCACUGGAUCAGCCGUGCUGCCGGGCGCUCUACGACUUUGAACCGGAGAACGAAGGCGAGCUGGGUUUCAAAGAAGGCGACGUCAUCACACUGACCAAUCAGAUCGACGACAACUGGUACGAGGGAAUGAUCCACGGCCACUCGGGCUUCUUCCCCAUCAACUACGUAGACAUACUGGUGCCGCUCCCGCAUUAAGGCCCGCCGCCGCUGCCCAGCACAACCUUUGCCGAGGUCCACGAAUCCCCGCCUCCUCCUUAUUCUUCUGUGCUUUGUGCGACUGCGUGACGUCAUGAUUGGCGGCCGCCUGCCGGCUGCGUGACUCAAGUUGGAAGAAGAGAGGUGAGCGUGUCCGCAUGAGACCGCGUGAGGAUCUCCACGCCGCCACAGGGGGCGCUGUGGCAUAAAUGUGCGUGCCGUCUUCCAUGCGUCUUCAGCAUUGCUCUCUCCUUUUCUUCUUCCACGCCACGUUUGCAUGAGGCGGCCUUUUCGCAUCAUGGGGGGGCGGGGUCUUCUCAUGACAACGCCGACGUCAGUGUUUUUUUGUCGAACGUCUGCUUGUUGGCGUGUCUUUCUUGUGGCUUUUGCAUGCAAGGCUGUUCGAAAGAGGUGGACAUUACUUCUUACAUCACAAAAGGUCACCGUGUUAUAAGACCGCCAAAGGGGCGGUUGUGUGUGAGGUGAAUCAUUUUUUAGUAGACGCUAAAGUAUUCAACGUUGUCAGGCAAGUGUAACCAAGUGUGCUUCUAGACCAUUGGUGUCCAAAGUGUGGCCUGGGGCAAAACGUCAACUUUUAAAAACAACAGCAGCAGCAAAAGUGGAAAAAAUUAAGUCCUGUGUUGUCCAAAGUGCAGCUUGGGGGCCAUUUUCUGGCCUGCAGCUUGUUUUUAAUUGGUCCAGGCCCAUAAUACAAUUUCACGAAAAAACAACAAAAGUUGAAACUCAGCAAAAAAGCAUAAUGUAAUGAUAAAAAGUUAAAAUGUUUACAAUAAACGGAAAAAGCACUUUUGAUUGAAAUUGCGUGCGAAUGCUGAAAAGCUGAAGCCAAACUGAAAUGUGAAUAGGUAGCACGCAAGACAGAUAGGUUAUAUACUUUGUUACCUGACCCUAAGUGCAUACCUGAUGACAUGCUAACGUUAGUGUGUGUCAAGUACCAAAAUAUAUAACUUUGAGGUGUAUACUUGCAAAAAUAGCAAAACAAGCUAACAUGCUAACAGUAAACGUGUGUCAAGUACCAAAAUAUAUGAUUCCGAGGUGUAUUAAAGUUAAGUUAAAGUACCAAUGAUUGUCACACACACUAGCUGUGGUGAAAUUUGUCCUCUGCAUUUGACCCAUCCCCUUGAUCACCCCCUGGGAGGUGAGGGGAGCAGUGGGCAGCAGCGGUGCCGCGCCCGGGAAUCAAUUUUGGUGAUUUAACCCCCAAUUACAACCCUUAAUGCUGAGUGCCAAACAGGGAGAUAAUGGGUCGCAUUUUUAUAGUCUUUGGUAUAACUCGGCUGGGGUUUGAACUCACAACCUACCGAUCUCAGGGCGGACACUCUAACCACUAGGCCACUUAGUAGGUACCUAAAUAAAUAGCUAAAAAUUACAGCAUGCUACUGUUAGCAUGCUAACUUUACCAUGCUAGCAAUUGAUUAACAUUAGCACGGUGCAUUAUGACUCUAUGACUCUGGAAUGGUUUUAAUUAGUUGGUAAAUGUGGAAAUUUGGAAGUUUGAAAUUGUAUUUAUUAUUUUUGAAUGGGACAAAUGUCCCGGAAAAUGUGGAAUUCCUGGAAAUAAGGACAUUUUUGAAAAAUAUAGAAAAAAAAUAGUAAUACGCAUGACAUGAAUGAACUGAACAUUGUGAAAGUGGAAUGGUUUGACUCAGAUUGAAAAUGUUGGAAGAGAAGACAGACAAAAAGUAGGGUGGAAUAAUGCUUUUCAGCAUUCACACUAUAAGGUAACCGCAUUGUUCGAUACAACACAGAGCUGUUUUGUAUUUGCUGCUGCUUUUAGCCUUUUUUUUUUUUUUUU